CGGAUGGAUGCUGCCGCCUCCGGUAGAGUAUAUAAAGGUGUGGACUAACACGGCUUGACCUCCGUGCCCCCGAAUAUCACGGUAGGAGUGCUGUUGGUGAAGCGGCGUCUAACAUUGUCCGGAUCUAGGUACGAGUUAUCAUGGUGCAGCUGUCUCCGUCUCAUAACCUAAACGCCCCCCUGGAACCCAAACUAUCUGCUGAUGGGGAGGAAAAGCAGAGGGAGCAACUGAGUGCUGGUAGCCCGAAGGUGGAGAACCGGCCGGGGGGGCUGAACAGCCUGCAGGUCAACCUGGACGUGUCAACCGCUUACCACGGCUAUGAAACGUACAUAGAAGAUGGCCUCAUCUGCCUGAAGCACAAAGUCCGCAACUUGGAGAAAAAGAAGCUGAAACUGAAGGACUACAAGAAGAGGCUGGUCCAGGGUGAGGUGUUGAACAAAGAUCAGAUGGCGGCUGUGGAGAAGUAUGAAGAGGUACUCCAUAACCUGGAGUUUGCACGGGAGCUGGACAAAACCCUGGAUGGCUUAACCCAGAAUUUGCUGAAGGCCCAGAAAAAGGUUGUCAAAAAGGAACAGAUUGCAAAAAUGGAGAUUGACAAAAGGCGUCUGGUCCUGGUGCUUCAGUUCCAACACCUUCUUGGUGGCCUACAGCAGGAGCACAUACAGAAAGACCUUAUGGCAGGACUCAAUCAUGCACCCUACAUCCCAGCUCACCAGCUGCAAAGCCUGAACCAGCUUGCUGCCUUGUUGGGGGUCAAGAGGGAUGGAUUGAGCUUAGAGGAACAGAUGGACCAAGCUGCCCUGGUCUACAUGGACCUUCUGGACGGGAAGGACAAACCUGUGGCUGGAUCUACAUAUAAGCUGCUGAAAGAUGAGCUCAUCAGACUGUCAAACUACAAAUAUUUCAGUUGUCUCCCACCUUCAUCCAGCAAGACUCCAGACUUGUCACUAACCUUAGCCAGCCAGAGCGCUGUAAAGUCAAUGCCAAAAGAACAUUCAAUGAAGUUUUUCAAUGGGCUCUACCUGACUAAUGUGGAGAUGUCAAACACUCAGAACUAUAAGGAGGAUUUUCAGUCUGUAAGAGAGCAGGAGCCUCCAGAUAGCUGGGAUGCAGAAUUCCCUGAUGGGCCCUUGUCACCACAAACUGCAUUUACCAAACCAUGGAAAGGGGCUGCCGUUUUUAUACCUAAAGUGUUCCAAAUCCCCUCUAAAAAACGGACUACUGAAAGCAAACAGAGAAAAGAGAAGAAAAUCAAAGCGGAGCAAAAUGCCAAGUCGCCCAACCAAAUGAAUAUACUUGUGGAAGCUUUCAGUUCUGCCUUACCCAAAGAACCCAUACUCCGGAAGCAACACCUUGAGAACCUCAUGACUAAGAUCCAUGGCUCCUUCAGUUUCAUGCAGGAUUCCCUCCUAGAUGGUGAGACCUUGGUGACCAAUAGUACACCCAUACUAAAUAGGCGUUCUUCUGGAUCGCUGUCUCCUCUAGCCCAGGGAUGUUUAAGAAGCCCCUCUGAUAUUCUGGCCAGAACUAUGCAUUCUACCCCAUUACCUCCCAGGCUGAUGGAGCCCAAAGCCAGUGUUACCAGUGACCUGGAACCUUCCUCAAACCAGUCCCCAGGGUUGCUCCAGCUGGCUAGCAGAAAGAAGUAUUUUUCCCCACCACCAUACCACAGGGAGGCUCCCACAACUGACCAAGAAGAGAACUGUCGAUGUAUGCCAGGAACUAAUUCAGGAAAGCAAUCCCCCUGUAAUGGGCUGAGUUCUAAUACCUCCACUCCACCCAAGGCGGACUCUUUCUCUACUCCUCCAAUGAGGCGAGCUCUCACUACGUCCCAUUUUCAAAACAUUCACUCUGUAAGUUUUCAGAUUAAUCCAGUAAACUUUGCUUUAAGGCUUCCGUCAACUGCUGCUGAGCCUUUAUUCAAUGUCUCAGAUGUCUUAGGGUGGGCUCAAGUCUUUAAGGUGGACACAUCUUUACCUCAAAAUGGAGAACUGCAUUACAAAUCCCGCACUGCAGUUUGUUCUGGGCCCAAGUACAGCACUGCCAGUACCCAAACACCCCCUGAAUUUGCCCCCCCAGAUGAUGAGCCUCAGAUGGUGUACCCAUUGGACUACUCCUCCAUUAAUAGUGGAGAGAUCUUCCUGUCCCCUAGCCUGUCAGACAGAGGUUUGAAUCGGUCCAGUCAGUCCUACACCAGAGGAUCUGUCAGAGGUAUGGCACAUGGCGGCAAGGCACUGGCUUGGCCCUAUUGGUCCUCUGGUUGGCACAGAGGAGGAUCCUACAUCCCCACGGCUCAUCUCAGGGAGUCUGUUCGUGUUCUUUAUGCGGCUAGGGACUCGGGAUACCAACACAUGUACAGACGGGGAGGGAGACAUGGCUCUAGUGCAGCCUGGAGUGACUCUUCCCAGGUGAGCAGCCCAGACCGGGAAGGAGCCUUUACUGUUGUGGACUCAGGUCACGAAGAUUCCUUAUCUGUAUCAACAGCGGAGGUCCCACUGACCCCGCAUAGCCAUCCACCUACAGCCUUACUCCCCAUGCCACUUUACCCACUCUCCCAGCCAUUGCGUGUGGCCUUCACUGCCUCGCGCACAGCCAACUUUGCACCAGGCAACCUUGACCAGCCUAUUGUGUUUGACCAGCUGCAUAGCAACCUGGGGGAGAUGUACGACACCCAUAUUGGCCGGUUCACCUGUCCUAUGAACGGAACUUAUGUUUUCAUCUUUCAUAUCCUAAAGCUUGCCAUCAACGUUCCCCUCUAUAUUAACCUCAUGCGCAAUGAAGAGGUGAUGGUCUCUGCAUAUGCCAAUGAUGGAGCCCCCGAUCAUGAGACUGCUAGUAACCAUGCCAUUCUGCCUCUCUUCCAAGGCGACCAAGUCUGGCUCAGGCUGCACCGUGGGGCCAUUUACGGCAGCACAUGGAAGUACAGCACGUUUUCAGGCUUCUUGCUUUAUCAGGACUGAACUGGUGAAGGCUAAAUGACAACCUUUCCAGAGCGUGGUUGGUGUUUACAACUGACAUUUCAAGACUGGUCAGGCAGAAUGCCAUUGCUUUUUCUCAAUAUAAAGCCCAAAAAACGGUAUCUUGAGUAAAUCGUUCUGUCCAAUUCUGUUAUGGAGGUCAGUUAUAUGUGUGUAUAUAUAUAUAUAUAUAUAUAUAUAUAGUACAGACAUUGUGUUGUACAGAUGGGUGAAGUUGAAACAGUAUUAGUCAAAAUGAGCACCAACAUUUGACAUCUCGUUAAGGACUCUUUUGCAAUGUUCUGAGUCUGUGCCUUUGUUUUUGUUUUAGUUUUUUUUUUAAUGGCAUUUGGAAAACUUGCACACUAUUGUGUUGAGUGAAUAGUUUUCUCAUCGGGUGCAUUACUAGCAGCAUUCUGCUUGAUCCUGUUCCAAGCAUUCUGUCUUGCUGCAGUGAAACCAUAAAGCUAAGGAGGGUGAUAUUGAUGUUCUUGGUGGUGGGUAUGUUGUUGUACACAAGACCAAAAAAUAACACUGAUGACAUGACUUUUGUGUAAUGCAAGAGGUCCCUUGUUGUGCCGGAAUAAAAGAUGAGCAGUAACCUUUGA